GUAUCUACGUGGGAGUGGAAUUGCUGAGUCAGAUGGUAAUUUUAUACUUACCUUAUUGAGGAAUCACCAAGCUCUUUCUCACAGAGGCUGCACCAUUUUCCAUUCCCAACAGCAAUGUAUGGGGUUCCAGUUUACCCACAUCCUUACCAAUACUCCUUUCCUUCCUUCCUUCUGUCCUUGCUUCAUUCCUUCCUUCCUUCCUUACCCGCUUCCUCCCUCCCUCUCUUCCUUCCUUUUUAAAAAAUUAUAGCUAUCCACAUGGUUGUUAAAUGGUAGCUCAUUGUGGUUUUUUAAUUUGCAUUUCCCAAAUGCCUAAUAAUGUGGAGCAUCUUUUCAUGUUCUUGUUAGCCAUUUGUAUGUCUUCUUUGGAGACACGCCUUUUCAAGUUCUUUCUCCAUUAUUAAAUUGGGAUGUUGAAUAAAGUUCUGUUCUGUCUAAUAAAGAACACAAAUGAAAAUACAGGCACAGUUUCAGAGGACAUUUUAAUCUCUGAGAGGAAUAGACAGAUAAUGCAAGGCAAUGAGAGACAAUGGGUUGGAGGUGGUACGUUAGUGCUUUUUAGUGUGAAUAGAGGAAAUGAGCCAAGCUUGUGGCUUAUUAUGGAAAUAACGCUGUGAUGUUGUGUCUGCUAUUUUAGAUGAUCACUGACAGUUAAGAGUGAUAUUUGGGAGCUCCAGCUGAAGCUGGGGAUGGGAUUGCCAAAGAGAUUAUGGCAAAGUCUCUAGAGUUACCCCUUUGUUUCCUAGCUCUUUUAAAAUAGGUUAUUUUGUCCAAGAAAAAAUGUCAGUUCUGCAAAGCACUUUCUCUCUUUUUUAUUUCUUAUACUUUAAUUCCUGUCUUCUCAGGGAAGAGACAACAGGAACAGCUGAAUGUCCAACGAAUGAAAAAAAAUCAACACUCUCAUGAGAUGGGGGAGGUAUGGGAAGAGCAGCAUAAGACUCAAGGGUUUUAGUUGAUAAUAAAGUGAAAUUAAAUGCCGUGACUUUAAAGAUGAAUUCAAUAUAUGUUUUUAUUAUUAUAAGUGUGAUAUUCUAAAUAAAGAAGAUGAUUCUUUUGAUCUACUCUACACUUGCCAGAUGAUGGCAGAAAUGAAUGCAUCAUUUUUAAGUAUUAAGUUUCGCAGUCCAACCAAAGCAGCCCGAUCACCUAAAAACUUUAUAAAGGGGAUUCUUGAAAUAGUUGGUAGUGACUGGGGGCAAUUCCUAAGCCCUCCAAUGCUGAAUUAUAUAAUUUUAUAUGUUAUAUACACCUAUGUUUAGCAUACUGAAAAAAUGGCAAACUAUGACACAGACAAAUCAGACACAGGUGACCAAAUUCCUCCCUCUGGGACUCUCUGAUGACCCACACACCCAGCAGCUGUUAUUCAUCUUAUUCCUGGGUGUCUACCUGGUCACUGUGCUUGGGAAUCUGCUUCUCAUGUCCCUUGUUCAGGUCGACUCCCAGCUUCACACACCCAUGUAUUUUUUUCUCUUCAACUUAUCUCUGGCUGACCACUAUUUCUCUACCAACGUCGUUCCUCAGACCCAAGCCCACCUGCUAUCCAGGAAGAAGCCCAUUUCAUUCACACGUUUUGUAGCUCAGCUUCUACUCUUCCUCAUUUUUGGGUGUACACAGUGUGCCCUUCUGGCAGUGAUGUCUUAUGAUCGGUAUGUGGCCAUCUGCAACCCUUUGCAUUACCUGAGCCUCAUGACGUGAAGGGUGUGUGCCCAGCUGGCUGUAGGAUCAUGGACGAGUGACAUUGCUUUGUCUGUUGUGAACACCACGUUCACACUAAGGCUACCCUACCAAGGCAGCAAUAGUAUUGCUCAUUUCUUUUGUGAGGCCCCUGCACUGUUGAUCCUGGCAUCCACAAAUACUCGCACUUCAGAGAUGGUCAUUUUCCUCAUGGGUGUCAUGAUUCUCCUCAUACCUGUUUCUCUAAUUCUGAUCUCCUAUGGCCGCAUCAUAGAGACUGUGGUCAGGAUGAAGGCAGCUGAGGGAAGGCUCAAGGCGUUCUCUACCUGUGGCGCCCACCUCAUGGUCGUUAUUCUUUUUUAUGGGUCAGGAAUUGUCACCUACAUGACACCAAAGUCUUCCAAAGAACAGGAAAAACUGGUGUCUGUGUUCUAUGCAAUGGUGACCCCCAUGCUUGACCCCCUAAUCUACAGCCUGAGGAACAAGGAUGUGAAGGGAUCUCUCCGGAAAGCAGCCACAAGGAAUUUCCCAGCAGGCUUGGGAUUUUCCACUGACAGUGACACCCUCUUGGCUCCCUACUUGUAAGACUUACUCAGUACUUCCUUCAAAAGACUGGAAUAUGGUACAAUUCUCAUCCUUGGGCCUGGUUGUGGAUCUACCCUCCAUCCUUCAUCCAGCACUUUCUUUGUAGAAGAAAAAGGACAAUAAUUCAUGGACCAUGGUCUUUUGGCACCUAAGAGUUAGGAUAUCUUCUGAGAAACAUUCACAUUUUAUAAACCCAGAAACCUGUGAAAUCUUUUUUAUCAUGCUGUAUAAUGCUAUCUAUCUAUCCCAGAUCCUACAGCAACUCCUUUAUCUUUUGGUAUUUCUGAAUCUCUUUGUAUCAUCAAAUAAUCUAUAAAUUAACAAACAUCACUUAAGCACUUACUGUGAGCUAGGUGCAACAUGCAUGUGUGCAUACACCUGUAUGUGUAUUUUGGUGGGCAGGGAAGAGCAUGGGUAUGAAGAACCUGAAUAUAUGAGCUCUGCUGUCCUUUUCACACUCUUAUUAGAGACAGGAAUAUUGUACCUAGCAUAAAGAAUAGACAGCAUUUUGGAAACCAACAAGAGAUAGUGACAUCUCAGGGCCGGAACUAAGAAACUCUGUCCACACUCGGACCUUGAACGUCCUUAAACGCUACUCUGGACUCUGACUUAUAAACGCCAAGGCACGCCUCGACCCCCCUACUCCCGCGCAGGCGCACCAGCCAUGGAAGGAGCCCUUAGGAGACCACAGACGGGAGUCUGAAAGUAGACCAGGGGCCUUUCCAAGACCCACCCCUUUCCCCAAGCCCCGCCCUCUCCGUAGUCUUUCAUCCAACCCUAGGGCCACGAAUGGAUGGAUACUGGAGUGCUCAGGGUAAGGGGAGAAGGGCAUGUCUAACUUCGUCAUUUCCCACAGCCCAUCAGGUAAAACUGGCCAAAACAUUUCUUAACUGCUUCUCGUCCCCCACCCCCAACUCCAUCCCCCUUUCCCCGCCAUUUGCUUGGAACUAGAAAAUAGUGAGAUAAUUUUGACAAGAUAUCAUCGUGUGUGGCAUCGUUUAACAUGUUUUCCACUAAUUUAGUGAGUCACUGAUUCAUUCAGUUUUGCAUUGAGGUGAAGAUCUUGCCGAAGAUCUUGAGUUCAGUUUUCACUUGCUGAGUAAGAGAUACUUUAUGACAUUCAAGAAGCAUUGUCAAAUAGGCAGUUAGAAAUAGGCAUGUGGAGCUUAGAGGUGUCUGGGGCGAGACGUAAAAUUGGUGUCAGUUCUGGGUAGAUGGUAAUUGAUGUUAUGAGUGGAGAUGAGAUUGCAGAGAGAGAGAGCAGAGAAUCAAAGGAGAAGGUCUAAGAUCGAGUCCCAGAGGAAGAACCUAAACUGGUAGGGAGCUUCAAAUCGAGACCAUGAGUUGACCAGAUUAAACAAGAAUUUUUUUUUUUGUACCUGGGAACUAGGAUUUUUUGCUAACAUCCUCUGUACUCAAUACUAGCAUAAGCAAAUUAUAAAUAUCAUCUUACUUAAUCAUGACCACAAUACUGUAAGGUAGAGAUUUUCACCCACAAGUUCGUUGAAACUAAAAGAUGACAAAGCUAAGCUUCAAGCUCAGAUCACUUCAUACUUGUCCCACUGCUUCUCACUCAAUGCUUCAAGAUUUGGAGGCCCAUUAGUAAGGUAGGACAGAAGUGUGGAAUGAUAUUUUCCAAGAUUGGGGGUAUGGUGUGUGUCAUGAAUUGUUUGUGAUGGGGCCGACCUUUGUAAAAGUCAUAUUUAACUAGCUCUGAAAAAUAAAAAUUUAACUUGAAAAUAUUGCCAGUAAACAGGCUCAGACAUGAUCUCCAACCGAAUAAGAGUGCAGGGAAAUGGAAAAGGCACAGACUAGGAGGGAGAAUGACCAGCCUUCCUAACAUACCUCUAGUGGGCAUGAGGUUUCUGACUAUGUGUCUUCAAAGGUCCGCUGAAGCCUGGGCACUUCUGCCUAGUUGAACAGGGUCAUUUUCAGGUCGCAGUCAUCUCACUGAAGCUCCAGCUAUUUUUAUGGCACAAUUUCACAAGUUUCUCUCAAUAUAUGACUUUCAAUGUAAAGGUAAAGGACUCUGAAGCCACCUGGGACUAGAUCCUUAAGAUCUGCAGAAUUGUUGGCUACAAAUGCCAUUCCUUUCUAUCAUCAUGAAAUGCAGUUCUUCUGAAUUAGAGCCUGUCUGUACUUAUUUAAGAACAAAUACAGAGAAGACUUGACCUGACAUAUGCCAGUACUUUUCCUAGAUCAUUUAUAUAUUCAUUCAACAAAUUUCUAUUGAGAAUCUAAUAUGUGGCAGAUACUGUACUAGGAAUUGGAAUAUAUUAGUAAACACAGUCAGAAGAGGACUGUUUUAACACCCAACAGAAGCAUUCCGUAUGCUAAGCUACUGUGUCCCUUCACUCAAUGUUCUGUGAUCUACAUAUCCUCAGAAUAAGGUGUUGUGUAGGUUGUGAGUUGUGCUCAGUCUGGAAUUUUAGGUAAUCAAGACAUUAGUUGGAUGAUUUGGUUGCAUGGGUCAUGUGUGAUGAGCAUUUGUCAAUUUUUGGCUUCUGAUCACCUGAAUACCUUUUCUAUGUUCACAGUCUUCUGUGAAUCUUGGGGAAGUUUGAGUCUGUCUCCCUCCAUAGAGGCUAAAUAUACCUGAAAUUCACUUUCUUUGUCUCCACUGCAGCUAGGGCACAGCAUAUAACUUGGACUCAACCAAUUAGAUACACCCAGUCUAAACUUUGAAUUAAGAGCUGGUGGUACAAAAAGCAAGGAUGGCAAACAGUUCCUUUUCUUUUAAAAAAAAUAGACUAUUUUUUAAAGCAACUUUAUAUUUACAGAAAAAUUGAGAAGAUAAUACAGCUGGUUCCCAUAUAUCCUCCACGUUUUCCUUAUUAUUGACAUCUUAGAUUAUUUUAGUAUAUUUCUUACAACUAAGAAAAUAACAUUGAUGCCUUAUUAUUAACUAAAGUCCAUACUUUAUUCGGAUUUCUUAGUUUUGUUUCUUUGUUUUUUACCUUCUGUCCUUUUCUGAUCCAGGAUCUCAUCCAGUAUACCACGUUACACUUAGUUCUCAUGUCUCCAUGGGCUCUUUUUGGCUCUGACAGUUUCUUAGACUUUCUUUGUUUUUGAUGACUGCAACAGUUUUAAGGAGCAUUGGUGAAGUAUUUUGUGGGAUGCCUCUUUACUGGAAUUUGUCUGACGUUUUUCUCAAGAUUAGACUUGGGUUCUAAGUUUUGGGGAGGACGUUCACAGAGAUAGAGUGCCAUUUUCAUCGCAUCAUAUCAAAGGUACAUACUAUCAACAUGACUUAUCACUGAUGAUGUUAACCUUGAUAACCUAACUGAUGUGGUGUUUGCAGACAAUUUCUUUUUCUUUUUCUGUCAGUGGCAGAGGGAGCAGCAACACCCUAGUUUCCAGACUCAGCAGCUCCAGCAGCAGGACCUGUGCUGAUGGUGAUCGCAAUGUACAUUGCACCAUCUAGUGCUGAAUGGCAGUGAUGUCCUCAUCAGAUUCUGAUAUGAUUUUGGCGUGUGAUUCUGGCUGUAGGAUCAGAAUUGCCAUUAUUUCUAUAUUUUCUCGUUUAAAUUAAAUCAUGCAUAGUCAGCUUCUGUUACUUGUGCCUAAGAACCCUAGUUGAUACAUCAUCUUUAUUAUGAUUUUUUGGAUGUGUGUACUAAAUAAUUUUUCUUUAGAAGCUUUCUGGUCCUUUAUUUCCCCUCUCACUCUGUAGCAUGAGAGGUAGUAGUUUCAAGCAGGCAGCUUUGUACAGUAAUGUGAAAAAGCACCAAGGCAUCUGUUUUGAUGGGAUGAAUGGUUGCACAAUUCUCUCAGUGUUUCAGUUAUCCAUUGCUGUAUAACAAACUGUUCAAAACUUAAUGCCUUAAAACAGCAACCAUUUGAUUUUGCUCUAGAUUCUGUGGGUUCAGAAUUUGGACAGUGAGGAUGCAAUGACCUAUAUUGACAAUAUUUAAGAUAUGACUAUGGGAGUGAGGGGCAGAGACCACUGAAGGAGUCAGGAGCAAGGAAUUCUGAGAAUGCAGAAUAUUUGAUUCUGUGUAAAAAUUAAAAUAACCAAGAUCCAUAACAGGAGCAGUAUGUUGAGGAGGGUGACAGGGAGUUAGGGGUUAAAGUCUUCAAGAAAAAGGGAAGAGUGACGUAGAAAUUUAAAAUAAAAUAAAAUAAAACUUUAAAAUCCCACUUUCCCAGCCACACCUUAUUUCUUCCUCAUGGUGAAACAUCUGGAAAUUAGUGCCUGCACUUUCUGUUUCCAUUUUCUAAUUUUACCACCCAUUAUUGAAAUAGAUCUUGUCCUGAUCAUCACUGUCAGCCAAGUCACCAAUUUCAACUGUUAAUUUUCUGUCCUUGUCUAUAUCACCUCAGCUAGCGCAUGUUUUUUGAAUGAGGGUUUUUCUCUGAUCAUCACACCCCAGGUUAGAGUUUGUCUAUUAUAAUACCACUCCAGUAAUUUUAAAAGGAUAGUAACGGUGCAAAAAUGUGUUUUAAACAUAGUAUGUAUCAGUUAUUGCUAUGGGUGUAUUGGAUACACCUAGAAUUGGAUAAGAUAAAAUAAGAGUUCGGUAAGUGGUUUUAAAAUGAAUACGUGGAUGCGUAAAUGAAAGAAAUAAGAAAUUUAGCUACUAGAUAUCUCUUCACUGGGAAUGUCUUCUACUGCAGAGUCAGUAUGAGGUCUGUUGUUCCUGGAUCCAUGUUCAAGGUAACUGUAGAAUGGUUAUCAUGGAAUCCCCUUUAAACAUGUGAUUUUUUUGAAGGUUUUUUUUUUUAAAAGAUUGGCCCUGAGCUAACAUCUGUUGCCAAUAUAUAUAUUUUUUC